AUACCACACCCAACUAUAAUAUACAUAUCCACAUCUAUAUUCCCAUCUAUAUCUUAAUGGCACAGCUGGAUACAUUGAAGAAGAAAAACAAAACCAAAAAACAAAAUAUCAGAAAAAGCAAACACAAGACCAAGAAAAGAAACAGGAGGGCUGUCUUGAAUUUGUCAUCCUCACACCAAAACCAUGUUUCCACUUUUACCCUUCUGCAACCCCUCCAAAUAUUCCCAUCUUCAUCAAUUCUUUGUACUUGGACACGCCAAUGUGUUUGAUUUGUGUGUGGGCUUUUUGGGCUUUUGAUUUUUUCACAGACAACACAUCAAAGCAAAUUACAAGAACCUUCUCACCUUCCCCACCUUUAACUAUUUCUUGGCACAACUUUUCUUCUUCUCUGUUCUUAUCCAAGACUAUCUCUUUUCACAAUAUUUAUCCCUUUGAGAUCAUCUACUUGUAUUUGUGGUUCUUGAGAUCUGAUGAAGAUGAAAAGGGUUGCUGUGGAUGCAUCAUCUAAUGGGGAGGCCAGGACCAAGUCAAGGCUUCAAAGUUUGAUGCAAGACUACCAAGAAUUGCAAAAAGAGGUUGAAUCCUCUAGAAGCAAGUUGAAAAACAUCAAACAGAGGAAGGGGACAUUGCAAGCAGAAGUACGAUUUCUGAGACGAAGAUACAAGUACUUAGUAAAUAGCAAAUCUAUGAGCCAAGAGCGGGGUAAGGAACUUAUGCAAGGAAAAGAUCCAAGGAAAAGGUUUGCGAAGGUUGAGAAUUUCAAUAGGAAAGAGGCUGCUUUAAGAGCCUUGCCCCCGGUUUUCAAACCAAGCAACAAUAUAAAAGUAUAUACUGGAAAUGAGAUUUCAUUGCAGAGCAAAAUUUCAAGUUUUGUUGCAAACCGUAAGGGAAAGCAUCAAGGUGGAAAGAAUGUAACUCGCUUUUAUCCCACCCCCUCAAAUUUAAACCCCGAGGGAAGGUCAUACAAGGGCAAAGAAGUAGUAUCUCAUGAAAUUCCUAUAACAAUGAUUGAUUUGAACAAGCAAGAGCCUACAUAUAACGGGAUUGGUCUAGCAGCUAUGCAUACUCCAGCUUCAGUUCUUGAUCUAACUCUAAAUGAAGCUACAUUUAGUAGCAAACAGACCACAGACAAAAGUCGAGCUCCCAUUUUUGACUUGAACCAGGAGCUGGUGGAAGAAGAAGAAUUCCAGGAUAACUCUGAGAUGGCGAGGCAAGACAUGCUAUCUGAUCUGCAUUUAUCUCUAUGUAGAAAUGCAGGAGACAGUUCGAGUCGUGUUGUGAAGAGAAAGAUCUCGUGGCAAGAUCCAGUUGCUUUGAGGGUGUAAGUCGAUAUCUUUGUGAAUACAUAUUAGCGAGUUGUAAUGCAAAACAAAUGCAUGUCUAGAGGACAAUAGAAUUGAAGUGUAGAGGAUGGAUUUAAACUCGAAAAUUAUGCUGUUUAUUAGUAAGGUUAACUUCAUUGUUAUGGCUAAAACCACAACUCAUAUUUGCUUUAUUAUGUGUUAAUUUAAGAGCGGCAUUUAAGUGGAGAAGAAUGGCAGUGGUGGUUGUUUC